UGGUCACGAUUUGUGAUUUGGGAAUAAUUUAGCGAAAUUAUUUUAUUGAAUAAUUUAAUGGCUGGGUUGAAUCUGUAAUCGAAUAAUUGUAUAUAUUUCUCUGAUUAGAACAACAGUGGUUUUAGUUAAAGCUUCAGUGACACUUUUAUCGUCAAUAAAAUGAAUGAUAACGAAAAGGAAGAGGCUGCUAAUUUGAAAGAGGAGUUUGAAUGGGUUCUGCGUGAGGAGGUACAUGCUAUAUUACAUCAACUCCACACAGUGUUAGUGGAGUGUGCACACAGAUUCCCUGUGCCCCUGUAUGGGAAUGAAGGACAGAAACAGGAUAAGUUCAUUCUGACAUCACAGCCUGAACAGCUGAAAUGUAUUGUUACCCUCACAGGUGACAGUAUCACACAUGCAGAUAUAAGCUUCAAAGUUUUAAGGCAAAUGCAUUCAAUAUGUCGUACAUCCAUCAACCAAGACGGUCCGUGGAAACUCCAACAGAUACAAGACGCGGCUAAUCAUUUACAGCAAGCUAUUGGCUAUAUUGAUAAUGUUGAUAAACAUUAUGUAUUCAGGUGUUCGGAAGAAGUAUUGCACAUAAUCCAAUGUCUGAUUGGCUCCUUACAAAGAGCACGUACUGCACUAGUGUUACCAAAGAAAAAAGCUAUUGACGAGCUUAUGAAGAGCAGAAAUAUGGUAAUUAAAGCCCUAGCGCCGAAUCUGCCAGAGGACCUAGCGAUAUCAUUCUACAUCCAGUCGCACAAGUUGAUAUUCGUGGCGUACCAACUUAGUUCCGUGCAUGGAACGAUGCGCAUAGAUUCCUGUCAGGCGGACUGCGCGGUGCCUUGGCUGAGUGAUGUUCUGUUUAUGCUCACUGCCGCCUUGCACAUGUGUCAGCAACUUAAAGAUAAGCUGUGUGUGUUCUCUCAAUACAAAGACUUCACUGUCGGGUCAAGAUCUGCGUCAAUGGUUCUAAACUAACACAACUAUAUUAUAGAAGCUUCUUACCUUGAGGUCGCUUGGAUCAGUCUGAGAUAUAUCGUUUGUUAAAAUAAUAAUUCCUUCUCUUUCACUCAUACGAAGACCGAGAGGGAUAACAUGAUGUAUCCCAAACUGACACAAAUGUCCCUAGCUCUAUUACAUCAACAAUAUUAACUUUUUUAAUCUAUUUCCCUAAAAUUACUCUAAAAAUCUUCUUGAUUAUUAUACCUUCUCUAAUAUCUUAAUUCCCUAGUCAUAUUCGAUAUUUGAAUCCUAAUUGUGAAUGUUGUUGAUGUAAAAGGUCAGCGUUUCUCAAAUUGUG